ACGUUUUCAUAAUUUUUUUUCUCUAUAGAAAUCGCUGUAGAUCUUCAAAACAAGCCCUUAACGAAACCGUAGAAAGCCAAAUGAAAAGUCGUCAACGUUUGGUUGAUAUGGCUCUAGCGAAUCGUGACCUUCGAGAUGAAAUAUGGCACUAUGCAUAUUUGAAUUCAUCUCUGUCUUCAGAAAUUGAAGGACUUCAGAGUGAACUUGCGAGUUUACACAAUGAAGAACACUGUAGUAAUGAAAACGCCAAUGCUGUGAAUUCGAAGCCGAGGAAAUUUCAUGCAUUGGAUUCAGAUGAAAUUGAUAAACUUUAUUUAAGAAAUCAGGAUCUUAAUAAAGUGGAGACGAAUAAAAUUGAAUCACAAGAAAAAGGAAAAGAAGAAGAAAAUACUUCAGCCAAAUUAUCCCUGGGAAAUGGUGGAGACUCUACAACUACCACUACUACUGGUGUUAGUACAAGUGACAGAAUGGUGGGACCUUCAAGAAUUGUUCAAUGCAGAGAAGUACCACAGGAAUGUAAACCUUCGUGAUAAAUAAAAUUUUCUUCCAUCACCAUCACAGACUACGUGGCAAUGUUGGUGUUUUUUUAAAAAUAAUAGAUUGAUCGCCAGAAAUGCCUUUCUUUCCUUAGAAACUACUAUUGUGAUUAUUAUUAUUAUUACUUGGUGAGUAGAAACCUAAUUUUGUUAUAAAUCACUCCAACAUACUCUCGACUAUUCUCUGUGCUAUUUCUUUUAUCUGUUCGUUGUUUUUGCAUAUUUUGUGGUAAAAAAAAAG